AUGUCAAAGAUUCACCCUUUGAAAUCGGGGGAUGAGGAGACCGACUCUCCCUCUGAAAUGGAGUGUUUAUUCAAACCUUUGAUGACAGUCCUCAACAUCGGUGGAAUGCACACGCCAAUUAAACGGAGAAGAGUUUCUAAAGUCAUCAGCAUCUUGUACUCUGUAGUCAUCAAUGUGUUGCUAUGGCUUGCAACCUUGCGGUUCUUAUUCCUGUUCGCAGAUGAAAUUCAAACAGUUGAAAUAACCAUUGAUCUACCGUGUAUAUAUCUGGCAUCAUUUCACAAUGUGGACCACAAAGCUCUCUAUCUAACGCCUAUGAAGCACAUCUCAGAAGGUUAUCACCAAUUACUGAAAGUAGUCUACGUUCUGUUGCUCUUGGUUAAUGAAAUACAGCUACAUUUCUUCCUAAUAUUUUUCAUAUUCAUUACCUACUGUCUCUUCAAAGAGUUUUCAAUGGUGAAUGCCCGGAUUGCCAAACUGUGUGAUAAGGGAAACGAAGACAUACCAUCGUCGUCAGAAUUUGACAGAAUGCGUCGACAGUUUGAAGACACGUGUUCUCUUGUCAGCAAGGCUAAUGAAGUCUUCAAACACGUGAUCGGUUCCUGCUACGUUGCGUCAGUCCCCGUCAUCUGUCUCAUGCUCUAUGGCUUGAUACACGUCAACAUGAAUGAGGGGGAAUACUUUAUGCUACCCAUGGCCAUGGUGCUACUCAUUAGCAUGGUUGUUAUUUCAACCCUCACUUCUGUUGGUUUGAAUAUGAAGGCCCAUUCGUCAUUGUCCCACCUUCUGAUGUGUGACUGUUCUCGGCUGUCAGACAGGAGUCUGCAUAUUAUCAGCAUCUUCAUCACAAGACUGACAACCACCAAAAUAGGGUUUACCUUGUACAAUCUCUUUACCAUCGAUAGCUCGACCAUCUUAAUGCUUACUGGAACUAUGCUGACGUACGUGGUGGUGGUUCUACAGUUCAAGGCUGACUAACAGUUUCUUGUCGUGAAGACCAUGGGAACUUGCAAUUGAGGAUGAUCACGAAUAUUUUAAUUGUUAAACAUAUGCGUGAUGAGUGAAGACGUAUUCUCAUAUAUAUUGCACACUUUGUAUGAAUAUUUAUUGAUGGUAAAAAAUAAUCGUACUUGUGUGCACGUUCUCAUAGUGAAUUAGUUAAACGUGAACUGAGAGCGAACAGUUUGACUGCUGAAAUUGUUUUUCAUGGAUCAACAAUAUGCAGUAAAAACAUGAUGACAGUAGGCAUCGAGUCACACACACACACACACACACACACA